AUGGCCCUUCUUCCUGAGGACAACUUCAACUUUCCAGGAAGUCCAGUAAUCGGUUCUCCUGGCCGACGAUCAGACGGCGGUGAAACAACUGCAGGUUCAGUCAACUUAACUCAGCUUGAACAGAACGUUAUGCGGGGCGUACCAACGUUGCAGCAAUAUGGUGGCAAAAUUGAAGUCCCCGACUCCGUCCCCAAACGCGAGUAUUACACUAGCCUGCGUCGAUUCGGUACAAUGUGUAGACAUGGAAGUGUUUCCGGAGGGUCAGUUCUCGGUGGAGCAGGAACGAUGCUUUCUCCUGUGACAGCCGUGGGUUCGCCUUAUCCUAGUGCAACUAUGGGCCGUACUGCUACCUAUGGGCGGUCAAGCAAUUCCGCUUCAAACUUCAAGCCAUCGGGGAAGUCGGUGGAAUGUGCGGUGAUCAUGCUUGAUGGACUUCAACAGACUUUUAACAUUGACAAAGCGGCGUAUGGCCAACAACUUUUUGAUGCAGUUUGUUCCAAUCUUGAUCUCCUAGAGACCGAUUUCUUUGGAAUCAAGUACCUUGCUCCUGAUAACACCAUGUGCUGGCUCAAAAUGGAUAAAAAGGUCGCCAAACAGGUGGGCAAAAAUUGGCUCUUCGAGUUUCAAGUCAAGUUUUUCCCCUACAACAUCGACUCGAUAGCAGAAGAUCUUACGCGCUACUUUUUAUGCCUUCAAGUUCGUCAGAAUCUCCUUAGUGGACAGCUUCCUUGCUCCUUCAUCUCCUACGUCAUCCUCGGGUCCUAUGUUGUGCAGUCGGAUGCUGGCGAUUUCGACCCAAAACGACACCAAGGCAUUGCUUACAUCCGUGACCAUCCGUUCGCCCCUAGUCACCUCCAGAGCAACGAAAUGCUUUACCGCAUUGCCGAGACCCACCGCCUGCACCAUGGCCAAUGUCCGGAAAUGGCAGAUCGGAAUUUCCUAAAUAACGCCAAAAAACUCGCUCUCUACGGUGUUCAUAUGCACAAAGUUACGAGCUCAUCUGGCGUGGAACACGGACUGGGCGUCUACUAUGGGGGCCUCCUCCUCUACCUUAGUCGCAUCCGCCUUCAGCGAUUUUCGUGGCCGCGAAUUAUCAAACUCUCUUAUAGGAAGCGGCACUUCAUUAUGAUCGUGCGAUCCAUGGACGAGGCCCAGUCGGAGAGGACCUACGCCUUCAGGUGCGCCACUUCUCAGCGCGCAAAGCGUCUUUGGAAUCUCUGCGUGGAGCACCACAGUUUCUUCAGACUGCGGGAUUAUGAGCGCUCGAGGAAGCCAAGUGUGCUGCCGGGUUUCUCCAGUCGAAAAUACACCUACAACCAGCACACCUCCGGUCUGGGCAACUCCCUGGGCGACCUCACUUCCCCCGAGGCACCAAACCAGAGGCCGCAGCCUGUCAUCCGUCGAAUGCAGCCCCAACGCAGGCAAAUAUCUUCCCCCGAUCAAGCCCCGUACGACGUUGAAACCUCGCAAUAUCAAUAUGGGCCCCAUGUUCUCGGCGACACUUCCUUUGCUGUCAAUGCCGGCUACAGCCCCAAUCACUGGGGUGGUGGGGAGGCCGCUUGUGACUUCUCACCCGCCGGUUACAGACGAGGACCAUCUGUGAGUGCCACGAAGGGCUGUCAACCGCGUCCUGUUUUCAAACCUGAGCCUUGGCGCAUAUCUACAGCCGAUCGGAGCCGUUGCCUGGGCAUCGAUGAUCGGGGACUGGAUAUUGCUGCACAACAGGAGUCUGGGUGGCAGGGUUGCCGUGCCAACAAAGGUGUAAAGGCUCCCGGUUGUUACUACUACGAAGCGACCGUCCUUGAAGAUGGUCCGAUCGGUGUCGGAUGGGCCACCAACGGAGCCGACUUAGCCCGACUGGGUUCUGACGAUCAGGCCUUCGUGUUCGGCAACGCCGAGGACCGCCAGACUGCCACUGUGACCUUUAACUGGAAAAUGUACGACUUUUCCGAUGGUCGGAUUCUAGUGAAGAAGGGCGAUGUCAUCGGGUGUCGUCUGGAUUUGGACCGCGGUAUUGCCACCUGGAGCUGCAAUGAAAUCGAAUGUCCGCAGGUCCUUAGGAUUCCGGAAAAUCUCAUCAACGAACCGCUUUUCCCUGCUGCUGCGAUGAAGGACUCUCGUCUGAUGUUAAACUUCGGAGGUAGCUCAUCGGCUCCACUAGAAUUUGCACCCAAAUCUGGCGUCUUCGUUCCCCUUGCCGAGGUGUCCGACGAUGCUCAAGUCGCUAAUUCAAACUGCGGUUGGCGCCUGAACCCCUACGACGCCACCUCAGAUGUGGACGUCCAGCCCGAUGGGAUGGCAGUCCAGGCGCACUGGGGCGCCGGGUGGCAGGGGUGUCGAGCCAAUAGGGGCGUGAAAGGUGAAGGCCGGUACUAUUAUGAGGCGCGAGUGAUCGAGUCAAAUGGUCUGGCGCGGAUAGGUUGGACCACCGAGGAUGGAAGUCUCGUGGUUGGAACCGACCGCUUCGGAUUCGGCUACGGCUCCGACAACGAAGGCUUUGGUUUAAGCGGACAACAAGGAAAACGGAUGCACAACAAUGACAUCGACAACUAUGGGGAGAGUUUUGGAGAGGGAGAUGUGAUCGGGUGCUUCCUCGAUUUGACUCAACGCACCUUCAAGUGGGCAAAGAACGGCCAUCCCUUCGGCGACGCCUACCGACUUCCCGCUGACUUUAAUGCAGCUCUUGCCAAUGGCAGUGGUGCUGCCACUGCAGCUAAAAAAGUAGCAUUUUUCCCCACUGUUGCGUUAAACAACAGCACGGUAGAAUGCAACUUUGGUGACUCUCAAUUCAGCUACUUCCCUGGAGUAAGUCAUCGUCUACUUCAUUGGUGUUGUUAUUGGUGUUUCAGAGUUCGGUAG